AUGUCACUGAGCCUCUCAAGUCCGAGAAGGAGUUGCUGUUCUGAGGAGCAACAACUUGCAUCUCCCCACCUUCUGGACACUGACCUGGUGAGUGUCCUUCUCCAGUCAUCACACCAAUUGUUUAUAUUUUGCUUUUGGUGUCACCAUUGUCACACCUCUGUCAUCUCUCCCCUCUUCAGAUCCAGCUCAGUGUGAGCCAAAGAACCAAGCGUUGGAAAAAGAGCAGCCAUGUGAGCCCCGCCAUCAUUGUGUGUAUAAAUGUAUGUGUGACUGUGUGUUUCAAUGUAACAUUACAGAAUGCAAUUUCGGAAAGAAUUGUUCUUGCUGAAUUUACUGUCACUACACUGAUGAAGCUUCAGCUUGAGUUCAAUCAGGAACACUGUAAUCGCUGUCACAGAUGCUCAAGUGUCUUUUCCACUCACACACCUACUCACUUUUCCUGUUGUCAUCACUCAGAGUAGUCAUUGGUAAAUCAACCAUUCACCACUGUCUUUCCUUAUCCAGUAGCAUGGUAGCACACCCUCACAGUCAGCCUAUCCCUGUUGUGCACUCAUUUUAAAAAUGUAUUUCUUCUUUGCCUCUAGUUUGUGUGCAGCACCCUCCACCUCCCCAUCUCCACCCGAUCCCAGCAGAAUCAGCAGUGCCAUGACUCACCCAUUCGUUCCCGGCAGUCAUCAGCCGCCACCACCACCACCAGCUUCAGAACUCCGUUGGGGAAUUUCCUGCCGCCACACGGAUCAGGCAUCCUACCAUCUCACAAAUCACCCGAUUGGGUCAUGACGUUAAAGACUGUCUGUCAAGCAUUAUUCUAG